AUGCAUGUCAACAUGGAUUGCAUUUUCCUAUUGAUAUGGACUUUGCCAAUGCCACUUGUUAGUUGCACAUCAGUGAAGUUGCUGUCAACUAUGUGGUUUGGGAAUUUUAUGAAGAUGCUGCAGAUAUGCUGCUCCCAUUCUAUUACAUCCGUCUCAGCUACGUUUACCGGUGACAUCAGCGGACUGAAUCAUGAUUAUGUGUUUGUGACGCCAGUGGAAGUUGAUUCACAUGGAAGGUACAUCUCCCAUGAUGUGUCACGGAGUAUUCGUAGCCGGAGGUCCCUUUCAGCAAUGGGUGGUCCCAUAUAUUACCAUAUCUCGGCUUUUGGUAAGGAUUUGCACCUGGACCUACAGCCUGCCCGGGUAGUGGCGGAUGGAUUCAUGGUACAGACACUGAACACAGAGGGCAUCGUCACGACUACAGCUGACCCUGUCAUCCACAACUGCUUUUAUCAGGGUACCAUUCGAAACCAGUCAGCAUCAUCAGCUGCCAUAUCCACCUGCACUGGCCUGUCAGGUCUGAUCAGGAUGUCAGAGGAGGAAUACUUCAUUACCCCUUUACCCCAGCACUUGGCCACGGAACACAACUUCAGUGCUCCAGACGGACACCACCCACACGUUGUGUACAAACGUUCAGCCGAGCGUAAAGUUCACCAGCACAAAACCUUAAAGGACAGCUCCAAACCCGUCAACCCUUACCUGGACCACCAUCAUCACCACCGUCACCACCGUCACCAUGACUACCAGCACCGGAAGCUACAGAGACAACACUUCUGUGGACGCCGCAAGCAAUACACUCCCAAACCCCCUGCUGAGGAUCGUUUCCUAAUGCCUGAUGAAUUUGAGCAACAAGGGAGAGCCAAACGAUCACCUAUUACGUCCAAUAAAGUGGGGGGUGGUCUGAAUGUGGAAACUCUGGUGGUGGCGGACAGGAAGAUGCUGGAGAAGCACGGCAAAGACAAUGUCACCACCUACGUCCUCACCGUCAUGAACAUGGUUUCCAGCCUUUUCAAAGAUGGAACUAUAGGAACUGAUAUCAAUGUUGUGGUUGUCAGCCUCCUCCUUCUCGAGAAAGAUCCGCUGGGCCUGUCAAUAAACCAUCAUGCUGACCAAUCCCUGAACAGUUUCUGCCAGUGGCAAUCAGGCCUGAUCGGUAAAAACGGCAAACGACACGACCACGCCAUACUCCUGACGGGCCUGGACAUCUGCUCCUGGAAGAAUGAGCCCUGUGACACUCUAGGUUUCGCCCCUAUAAGUGGGAUGUGUAGUAAAUAUCGUAGCUGUACCAUUAACGAAGACACAGGACUGGGCCUGGCGUUCACCAUUGCCCAUGAGUCAGGGCACAAUUUUGGAAUGAUCCAUGACGGAGAGGGAAACCCCUGUCGGAAGGCAGAGGGGAACAUCAUGUCUCCUACGUUGGCUGGGAACAAUGGUGUCUUCUCCUGGUCUGCUUGCAGUCGUCAGUACCUCAAUCGCUUUCUGGGUACAGCUCAGGCCUCAUGUCUGGUGGAUGAGCCCAAGCAAAUAGGCCAGUAUAAAUACCCUGAGCAGCUCCCUGGUCAGCUCUAUGAUGCUGACACUCAAUGCAAAUGGCAAUUUGGCUCCAAGGCAAAACUCUGCAACCUGGACUUUGUGAAGGACAUCUGUAAGUCAUUGUGGUGCCACAGGACUGGACAUCGAUGUGAGACCAAAUUCAUGCCCGCUGCAGAGGGCACCAUCUGUGGCCCAGACAUGUGGUGUCGACGGGGUCAGUGCGUGAAGUUUGGUGACCACGGUCCCAAGGCGGUUCACGGUCAGUGGUCUGGCUGGUCAGAGUGGUCGGACUGUUCCAGAACCUGUGGGGGAGGGGUUAUGUACCGUGAGCGCUCCUGUAACAGCCCCAGUCCACAGCACAGCGGGAAAUUCUGCCAAGGCUCCAGUCGACUAUACCAGCUGUGUAACACCAAGGCCUGCCAACCCAACACAGUGGACUUCCGUGCCCAGCAGUGUGCAGAAUACAACAGCAAACCCUUCAGGGGAUGGUACUACAAAUGGAAGCCUUACACCAAAGUGGAAGAUGAGGACAUCUGCAAGCUCUACUGCAUCGCAGAGGACUUUGACUUUUUCUUUGCCAUGUCCAGUAAAGUGAAGGAUGGAACAUCCUGCUCUGACCAAAAGGGGGAUGUGUGCAUUGAGGGAAUAUGUGAGCCAGUGGGCUGUGACCAGGUCCUGGGAUCCAGUGCUACCCUGGAUGCUUGUGGGGUGUGUAAAGGUGACAACUCCACAUGCAAGUUCUUCAGUGGGCGGUACACACUUCAGCAUCGGGCUAAUGAGUAUUACUCUGUGGUGACAAUUCCAGCAGGGGCGCGCAGUAUCUGGGUACAGGAGAUGGAGAUUUCAACCAGCUACUUGGCUGUUCGCAACCUGAAGCAAAGCUACUAUCUGACGGGCGACUGGACGGUGGACUGGCCGGGCAGGUUCCACUUCGGCGGUACCAUCUUCGACUAUCAGCGCUCUUUCAACCGACCAGAGAGCCUGUACGCUGCCGGCCCCACUAAUGAGACCCUGGUCUUUGAAAUCCUCCUACAAGGCAAGAAUCCAGGUGUGUCGUGGGAGUACACGUUACCUCACCCAGAGAGGAAGCCCAACUACGUUUGGGGUGUGGUCCGUUCUGACUGCUCUGCCCCAUGUGCUGGAGGUCGGGUGUCGACCAAAGCCAUCUGUCUACAAGAUCAGCAGACCCAGGUCAACUCCACUCUCUGUAACCCACAGACUAGACCAGUGCUUGGAUCUCAUCUCUGCAAUACACAGCCCUGCCCGGCCUACUGGACAACGGGAAAAUGGGGUGUGUGCAGUCGCUCAUGUGGCGGUGGGCAGCAGACACGCCAAAUUCGCUGUAUGAGGAAGGUGACAUACCAGCGGGAAGAGUUGGUGGCCCACUCCCUGUGCCCAAUCAUUGCCCCUGCCCAGGUCCAGCCCUGCAAUACCCAGGCCUGCCCACCGGAAUGGAGCACUGGAUCCUGGUCUCAGUGUACUAAGACUUGUGGUCGGGGGUGGAGGAAGCGCAGUGUGUUCUGCAGGAGCACUGACCCUGGGGCCAGGGCAGUGGUGGUGCCAGACAGCAUGUGUAAGCCUCACCUUAAACCCAAAGCCCAGGAGACCUGUGUUCUCAGCCGAUGCCCCAAGAAUGAGAAGCUGCAGUGGGUAACCACGGUGUGGAGCGAGUGCUCAACUUCCUGUGGAGCGGGACUGAGGAGGAGGGAGCUGCGCUGUGGGGAGAGGGACUCCCGUGGAGGCUACACUGAGUUCCCCAUGAGGAGGUGCAGGAACCUGCAAAAGCCCCACACCGAGCUCCAGCAAGCCUGCAACCAGGGACCUUGCCCUGUGCUCCAACCCCAGAUUCCACAGCUCAGCCUGGGCAGGAGCAGCAGCACAGUGAUCCUGGGCUGGUACUCUUCCCCCUGGCAGCAGUGCACAGUGUCGUGUGGAGGGGGUGUUCAAACGCGCAGUGUUCAGUGUUUAAGGCAAGGGAGACCUGCAACAGGGUGUUUACCCCAGCAGAGACCAAUCAGCUCAAGGGCAUGUAACACCCACUUCUGUCCUGCCCCAGUCCAGCCGCAGUCUCCCACAACUCUUAAAGAUGAACAGUCCUGUGUUGACUACUACAGCUGGUGUCAUCUCGUUCCGCAGCAUGGUGUGUGUAACCACAAAGUCUACGGGCAGCAGUGUUGCAAGUCCUGCUCCAUCAAGAGACAGUAA